GAUUUCGUGGGCUUUCUUGGUUUUCUGGGUUUUUCCCUCCGCGGUUGCUGCGCGUUCUUUGGAUGUGUUUUGGCUUGGGGUGUCUGCUCAGGGUUUGGUUUAGGUCCGUGGACUCUCGUCUUUCGGACGAUGUGGAUGUAGAGAGAGAAGGGUCGUUGCUCGAGGAGUUUUUAGGAAACUUCCUAGUUCUAGGCAGCCCGACGGGUUCUGCUGCAUGACUCAAUGUAUUAUUCAUUGGGUUUCGAUUGAAAAUGGAAAGGGUGAAUUUUGUGUAUUGGGUGAAAUUUGUUGUCUGAAGAAUCUGCAUGUGAGGAUGUAUGGAGGAAUCUAGGGUCAGCCGUAUUGUUCGGGUUGCGAUUUGAAAUGUGUUUGCUGUUGUCGAUGAAUUUCAGAGGCUGUGGGCUCUUGAUGCCGCCGAGAGGCUCGGGUUGGGAUUCGAGAACCUGCGGUGAUGAUAUCUGGUCUUCAGGUUCGCGAUCCGAGCAUGGUUUUGUCUUGGAGGGAAAUUAAUUCGAGGGUAUCCUGUAUAAGGGGCUAGGAUGCCAUCUACAGCUCUGUCGAGGCUCAAUACUACCGCGUUUUGUGGUUUCCGAAGAGCAUUAGCAGGGCGGCAGUUGCAAAACUCUGCAAACCUGCUACUCCAGUGUCCACGCUCUACUGUUUUGUCAACUGAAGUGGUUCAUUCUCCAAGCCGUGUGCAGAGGAGAAUUUCAAUGGCUGCUUCUGGUUCCAAAGCUGUCUCUGGAGAUGUUUACAUGGAUGGCUUACUUUCCAGCGGCGGGAACACAGUUGACUUUACUAAACCCUCCAGUGUCUUUUUCUUUGAUCGGAGCCAUAGGAGUUUCCGGAGAGCUAGUGUGAGCUUGACAAGGCGAGAGCCUUCUAAUGGUCACUUGGUAUGUGGAUAUUCAAGAUAUCAAGAAGCUUGGACAACUUGCAUCUCCACCCCGUCUGUUGGUCCCCAAUAUAGAGAUUUCCGAACUUCUCUGGUUGCAUGUUACAAUGAUGGGGCAGCUGAGGAUAUCUCGUUCGAGGGCAAUCCAAGCAGCGAUCUUGCAACUUCCACAACUUCAGUUGGCCAAACUCUUCCAGGUGACAGAGCUUUGAAGCUGCUAUCUGGAUCAUGUUGCCUGCCACAUCCCGAUAAGGAACACAAAGGUGGAGAGGAUGCUCACUUUAUAUGUGAAGACGAGCAAGUGAUUGGUGUAGCAGAUGGUGUAGGUGGUUGGGCAGAUGUUGGUGUUGAUGCAGGGCUGUAUUCUCGGGAACUUAUGUUUAAUUCAGUUAAUGCAAUAAAAGAGGAGACUGAGGGUUCUGUUGACCCGGCAAUCAUAUUAGAGAAGGCUCACGCGAAUACCAAAGCCAAAGGUUCCUCGACUGCCUGCAUAAUUGCCCUCAAAGAAGAGGGAUUACAUGCUAUCAAUUUGGGCGACAGUGGAUUCAUAGUGGUUAGAGAUGGGCGCACUAUCUUCAGAUCCCCAGUGCAGCAGCACGGUUUCAACUUUACAUAUCAACUGGAAAAUGGUAGCAACGGCGACCUACCCAGUUCUGGUCAGGUUUUCAGAAUUCCUGUUUCUGAUGGAGAUGGAAUCGUUGCUGGAACAGAUGGUUUGUUCGACAACUUGUAUGAUGAAGAGGUUAGUGCCCUUGUUGUUGAGGCGGUGAAAUCUGGCUUGGAUCCUCCAGCGACAGCUCGAAAAAUAGCUGCUGCCGCGCAUCAACGGGCACUGGAUAGAUACCGACAGACCCCAUUUGCCGAUUCUGCUCAAGAAGCUGGAUUCCGGUAUCACGGGGGCAAAUUAGAUGACAUCACCGUCGUCGUGUCUUAUGUAACUAGAUCCGGCAUCUUGUGAGCGGGUCCUUCCUUUUUGUUUCGCAAGCCCUUUCCCCUAUACUUAUACUUUGUUCAAUUGGAUCAAUCCAAUUCCAGUGAGUCUUUUUUAUUGCA